CUCUCUCUCGUAUGCAGAUCACAGAAGCGCCGGAUUUCGUCGGUUCCCUGAUUAUGACAACCCGUGCGUCGUCUCCUGUUUCCGUGAUUGGAUCUAAGAAGCUUCGACUGUCCCUCACUUUUCUCCAUAUAUUCAUACCUUGGUUACUUCUCUUCCGGUUCACCUCUCCCCCUCGGUUUGAAUAGUUUUAGGACACGUGUGAUGCGAUCUUGGGGUUAACAGCAUAAAGGCCUAUCAAAGCAGAAGCAUACAGUAUCCAGCUGGCCCUGCCUUGGACUUAUCUCUAUAUGGUAGUGCACUACUCGUGAUGAAUUUGUCUACUAGCUCUCAGCAGAAGAAGACUUCCCAUAGCAGGGGCAAAUCUACUGGUUGGGCUGCCUUUGAUCGAAAGCAUCGACAAGAACAUGCUCUUGAAUCUGAAAUUCAACAUGAUCCUUUCCCACCGAUAUCAAGAGCAAUUGUCUUGCCGAACCCCUGUCAAAAUCUGGCCGGGAACAAUAACUCUUAUAAUAAGAGGCCUUUCUCGGCAGUUCUCCGAUCUGCCGUAGAUUUUCCAGGUUUGGCACACAAUGGAAAUGUAGAGAAACAACUGCUUUCUGAUGAUUCCAGUGAUGUACAAGGUACCAGUAGGGAUUUGGUACAAGAGAGCCACACAGCGGAACUUCAUUCUUGGGCUGAGAACGAGUUGAUUGUGGAUAUUGUAGAAGCUCUCAACAAUGAUUUUGUUAAGGCCUCGACUUUGCUGGAAGGUAUGCUAUCUGCUGGGCUCUUUGAAGGAGAUAAAGAAUGCAAAAGCGCAAAACAAAAUACUUCUUCUCAGGAUUCUUCCCUUGACGAGUUAAUGAGGAACAAAGAUUUUUCAUCAGGGAAGAAUGUGGACUUUUCUGAUGGCACUGACACUCUUAACAAUGACUUUAACAGUGUCAACAAAUAUAUGUUUGAUGAAAAAUCUUUUGGGGGAAAAACUUAUGAUGAUUCCACUGGAACAAGGUCUAUUUUGGCCCAUUUGAAGUCUUUGCCUCUUGAGCCGGAGUGUGGGGAGGAGGAGGAGGAGGAUGUUUACUUGAGAUUCAGGAAGGAUGCAAUUCGCGUUUUGAGAUCAGCAUCUCAGCAUUCAAGGGCUGCACAAAAUGACUUUCUAAGAGGUGAUCAUUCUUCUGCACGGCAUCACUCUCUAAAGGCUCGGGAGGAAUGGUUGGUUGCUGAAAGACUCAAUGACAGUGCAGCCAAGGACAUCUUGAAUAUCAGGAAUAGCAACAACGAUAUAUGGACAUUGGACUUGCAUGGUCUUCAUAAAACCGAAGCUGUUCAAGCCUUGAAAGAACGUCUGCGAAAACUCGAAUCGCAGGUGCCAUCAAAUCGAUCAGUUUCUCCAAAGAGACUUCAUAGGAUUCAUCAGAAGAAUGGAGUUGCUCGAUCUUCAUCGGUUGAGUGUUUAACUUCUAUUGACAAGGAGAAAAUGGAUAAGCCACAAUCAGGACAAAGACCUUUAUCAUUGCAAGUCAUAACAGGUGUAGGCAACCAUAGCCGAAUGCAGGCUUCACUACCAGCAGCAGUGAGAAGUUUCCUUAAUGAAGACGGGUACCGCUUUGAUGAUACAAGGCCAGGGGUAAUAACUGUACGCCUGAAGUUCCGACAGAAUUGAGUAAAACUUUCUCAUUGGCUGCUCAUGAUAGUUUUCCUUUAUGUACUAUAUGGAAAUGAAUAGUUGGUGGAACGAUCUCUCCAGUCAUCCACUGUCUUUCUAUGUUUCUCUGUGCAUGCCAGUAGUUCAUCUCAUGAAAUAGUAGUGUUGUAUAUUUGGAAUAUCUUGUUUUGUCGGACGAAUUAGUUUGGCCGUGAGAACCACAUGCUGUUGAGUGCCACGCAAAUAAUAUGACCUUGUUCUUCAUGCAA